CACACCCUGAAGAAAAGGACUUCAACACGGCAUUAUGUGCAAGUGAUUUCUUAGUUGUUAAUCAAUUAAAAAGCUUUACUAAGUUUUAUUUUCAGUGGGUCUGGAUUUGCUGUCAGUGAUCUGUAAAGAUUAAGUGUUGCCAAAAUGUCUCAAGGAAUAAGAGUGGUUCUGGAGGAGUGGAAAUGUCUGGAAGAAGAGUACCAACAUCUUCAGGAGACACACAGAAUGUACUCACAGAAAAUGGAUGAAGUUUACAAACUUCAGAACAACUGCAAUUCCUCCAUCUCUAAGCAGCGCAGAAGACUGAAGGACAUGUCCCACCUAAUGAAAAAGUGCAGCAAAGGACUAUCAGAAGAAGAUGCCAAGACCUUGGAUGGAAUAAAUGAGAAGAUGAAGACUCGAGUGAAUGCUUUCUCUGAAAUGGAAGCUUUCCUUCCCAAAAAAAAUGGGUUGUACCUCAGUCUGGUUCUUGGAAAUGUGAAUGUCACUCUUUUCAGCAAACAGUCAAAAUUUGCCUACAAAGACGAUUACGAGACGUUCAAGCUUUGCCUCACAGUCCUCCUACUGCUGUUCUCCUUCAUGUGCUAUUUCUUUGUGAGCUACAGAUUCCUUGAUGCGAUCCUUAAUUUCCUGCUGGUGUUUUACUAUUGCACAUUAACUAUCAGGGAAAGCAUCCUCAUCACCAAUGGCUCCAGAAUCAAAGGCUGGUGGGUUUUUCAUCACUACGUCUCUGCAUUUUUGUCCGGUGUGAUGCUGACAUGGCCAGAUGGGAACCUGUACAAGACAUUCAGGAACCAGUUCCUUGCCUACUCUUUGUAUCAAAGUUUUGUUCAGUGUCUGCAGUGCUAUUAUCAAAGUGGAUGCCUGUACAGGCUGCGAGCCCUUGGAGAGAGACACAACAUGGACCUGACUGUGGAGGGGUUUCAGUCGUGGAUGUGGAAAGGGCUGACGUUUCUGUUGCCCUUCCUGUUUUUUGGUCAUUUCUGGCAGCUCUUCAAUGGCCUCUCUCUCUUCAGAAUGGCUCAGCUCCCAGACUGUAAAGAAUGGCAGGUCUUGAUGUGUGGUCUCUGCUUCCUCAUUCUGUUCAUGGGAAACUUCUUCACCACUGUUGCUGUCGUUCGUCACAAGGUCAAGAACAGGAAGCAGAAACCAAAGAGUCUGUGAUACAUACUAUAAUUAAAAAUGAAAAGCUCACGUCAUUUAUUGCUGUCAUUAUUUGCACAUUAUUUGCUGUGUCAUCAAAUUAUUACAAGUCACAGCUAUUAUUGCAGAACAUGUAGACUGUAAACUUCAUGUAAAAAGUUUUAUGUCAAAUCAAGCAUCAUUAAGAUUAAAGUAUCCUUCAUAAUACCUCUAUGUUCUUAUCUUUGUAUAAUUAGUGACAUUAAUUGUAUAGUAAAAGGUAAAAAUGAAUAAAACCCAAUAAAUAUUUGCUUUUACAGACA